CACUCUUUGAAUCUGGGGUGUGCAGGGUCCCCUAAUUUGACUCAGUGAAGUACCUGCUCCUUGACUCUGAGGUUUCCUGCUGAUCUCCCAGAAAAUGAUAGCGUCUGGCAGAAGGCAAAAGACACCUCUCUGCCUCCCCAAGAGUCCCUUUUCUUCGUGGAGCUUCGUUGGGAUCAUUUUGGUGGCUCUAGUGCUCCUGUUACCCACAUCUUUCGGGAUUUCUUGUGACCCUCCUCCUGCAAUCAAAAAUGGUCAUACUAGUUAUGUUUCUGUCCCUGUACCUAUUAAUACUGUCGUGAGGUACAGGUGUUUGCCUAACUACCGCCUCAUUGGAGAAAGAAGCCUUCUUUGUAUUAGUAGAGACCAAGUGAAAGGAACCUGGGAUAAAGAUGCUCCUAUAUGUGAAUAUUUCAACAGGCGGUCUACUUGCCCCGAGCCCAUAGUACCAGGGGGACACAAAACUAAAAUAUCUAGGCCACCAUACAGACAUGGUGAUUCUGUGACAUUUACCUGUAACACCAACUUCACCAUGAAAGGAAACCAGACCGUUUGGUGCCGAGCAAAUACAAAAUGGGGACCAACACCACUACCAGUCUGUGAGAGGGUAUGUCAGCCACCUCCAGAAAUCCUGCAUGGUGAGCACACCCUCAUUGACAAGGCCAGCUUCUCCCCUGGGCAGGAAGUGUUCUACAGCUGUGAGCCUGGCUAUGACCUCAGAGGGGCUGCCUCUCUGCUCUGUACACCCCAGGGGGACUGGAGCCCCGCAGCGCCCAGAUGUGUGGUGAAAUCAUGUGCCGACUUCCUGGACCAGCUUCCUAAUGGCCGCGUGCUCCUUCCACUUAAUCUCGAGCUGGGGGCAAAAGUGUCCUUCGUUUGUGAUGAGGGAUUCCACCUAAAAGGCAGUUCUGCUAGUCAUUGUGUCUUGGCCGGAAUGGAAAGCCUUUGGAAUAGCAGUGUCCCUGUGUGUGAACUUCUCAUAUAUCUUCAUGACAACAACUGCUACUUCAUAUACUAUAGGUCUUCCACAAAACACAGAACAUGUAUAUUCACUAUCAGGGGAAAAGGAAGCCUUGUAUUCGAUUGCAGUGCAAAGCCAGGAAACAAUGUUGGCCCCUUUGUCCCUGGAUUGUCUGUGAAUUACCACUGUGAACCAGGUUACUUGCUUGUUGGAGAAAAAACCAUUCAUUGUUUGUCUUCAGGAGACUGGAGUGCUGUCAUUCCAAAAUGUGAAGAGGCACAGUGUGCACCUCCAAGACCAUUACUUAACGGGAAGAUAAAGGAGCCUCCGAAUCCUCAGGUUGACGUAACUGUGAGCUUUUCCUGUAAUGAAGGGUAUAGAUUAGAAGGCCCAACUUCUAGUCAGUGUGUAAUUGUUGGACAGAGUGCUUUAUGGACCAGGAUACCAGUGUGUAAAGAAAUUCUUUGCCCACCACCUCCUUCUAUUCUCAAUGGAAGACAUACAGGCAACCCUUCAAUGAACAUUCCAUAUGGGAGCACAGUCACUUACACCUGUGACCCGGGACCAGAGGAAGGAGUGGACUUCAUCCUGACUGGGGAGAGCACGAUCCGUUGUACCAAUGAUAGUCAGCAGACUGGGACCUGGAGUGGCCCUGCCCCAUGCUGCAAACUUUCUAUUUCUGGGAUUCAGUGUCCACCUCCCCAGAUCCUUAGUGGCCAAAUACUGUCUGGGCAGAAAGAUCAAUAUUCAUAUAACAACACUGUGGUAUUUGCUUGCUCAUUUGGCUUCACCUUGAAAGGUAGGAAGGAAAUACGAUGUAAUGGCCAAGGCAUCUGGGAGCCAUCCCCACCAGUCUGUGAAAAGGAGUGCCAAGCUCCUCCUAAAAUCCUCAACGGGCACAAGGAAGAUAGACACAGAAUCCUCUUCAAACCUGGAACAUCUAUAAAAUAUAGAUGUGACCCUGGCUAUGUGCUGGUGGGAGAAGAAUCCAUACUUUGUAUCUCUGUGGGGGUGUGGACACUCACUGCCCCCAAAUGCAAAGUGGCAGAGUGUGAACCUAUAGGAAAACAUCUCUAUAGAAAACCCCAGGCUCAAUUUAUUAGACCAGAUGUUAAUUCUUCUUGCGAUGAAGGGUACCGGUUAGGUGAGAGUGUUUAUCAGCUUUGUCAAGGCAUGAUUCCUUGGUUUAUGGAGAUUCAUCUUUGUAAAGAAAUCACCUGUCCAUCGCCCCCUGUUAUCUACAAUGGGAGACACACAGGCAGUUCCUCAGAAGACAUGCUGUAUGGAACCACAGUCACAUAUACGUGUGACCCUGGGCCUGAGAAAGGAGUGGAAUUCAGCCUCAUUGGAGAAAACACCAUCCACUGUAUAAGCAACAGUGAAGAGAGAGGCACAUGGAGUGGCCCUGCUCCUCUGUGUAAACUUUCCCUCCCUGCUGUUUGGUGCUCAUAUGCCAGCAUUGCAAAUGGACACAAGAUAUCUGGCAAGGAAGCCCCAUAUUUCUACAAUGACAGUGUGACAUUCAAGUGUGAUGAUGGAUUUACUUUGAAGGGCAGCAGUCAGAUUCGUUGCAAAGCCAAUAACACCUGGGAUCCUGAAAUACCCAUGUGUGAAAAAGACUGCCAGCCACCUUCUGGGCUCCUCCAUGGUCAGCACACAGGUGGAAACAGGGUCCUCUUUGUCUCUGGGAUGACUGUAGACUACACCUGUGACCCUGGCUACUUGCUUGUGGGCAACAAAUCCAUUCAGUGUAUGUCUUCAGGAAAUUGGAGUCCUUCUGCCCCUCAGUGUGAAGGGACUUUCAAGGCACCAUGUCAGCCUGUGGGAGAAGAUGUUCAAGAGCUUCCAGGUGAUUUCCCUGUGAUUCCAGUUAAUACAUCCUGUCAUGACGGGUGAAAAUGUAUUAUAAUCUCUCUCUGGUACCAGCUGACUGGACAUUCUUAUCGGAAGUGUCAAGAUGGUGAGAAUGGGGUAUGGUUCCAAAAGAUUCCACACUGUAAAGCUAUUCACUGCCCACCUCCACCAGUGACUGACAAUGGGAGGCACAUCGGUGUGAUGGCAGAACACUUCCUGUAUGGAACUGAAAUCUCUUAUGAAUGUGACCAAGGAUUCUCUCUUCUGGGAGAGAAAACUGUACGAUGCAUAAGUGAUUCUAAAGGACAUGGAUCUUGGAAUAGACCACCCCCACAGUGCUUAAAACCUCAUCCUGUGACCCAUUGCUCUAACCCAGAAGUCAAACAUGGAUACAUACUUAAUAAAACUCACUCAUCAUAUUCCCACAAUCACAUUGUAUAUGUUGCCUGCAACCCCACCUUCAUCAUGAAUGGCAGUGAGCUGAUUAGGUGUCAUACCAAUAACAAAUGUCCAGGUGUACCAACUUGUAUCAAAAUGGCCCUCAUAGGAUGUCAACCUCCAUUUAAGAUCCCCAAUGGGAAUCACACUGGUGGAGAUACAGCUCGAUUUUCUGAUGGAAUGUCAGUCCUGUACAGCUGUGACGAAGGCUACCUGCUGGUGGGAGGUGCACGCCUUUAUUGCACACAUGAGGGAACCUGGAGUCACCCUGCCCCUUUUUGUAAAGAGGUAAACUGUAGCUUCCCAGAGUAUAUGAAUGGAAUGCAGAAGGGGCUGGAGUCUGAAAAAAAGUAUCAGUAUGGUGCAAUUGUUACUUUGGAGUGUGAAGAAGGGUAUACCCUGGAAGGCAGUCCCCAGAGCCAAUGCCAGGAGGAUCAUGGAGGGAACCCUCCCCUGGAUGUUUGCAGAUCACAAGGCUCACUUGCUCCUCUUCUUUGUGGUUUUUCUGCAGGUUUUGUGGUUCUUAUCUGCCUGGUUAGUGUCACCUUAUGUUUGAUAUUGAAACACGGAAAACACAAUUGUUAUACAAAUACAAACCCUAGAGAAGGAGAUCUUUAUUUGAAAAUAUGGGAAGUAUAUUCUAUUGAUCUACACAACUCAGCAAGCUAACCAGAAGAUAAACAGUCUCAAGGAGAACAAAGUCUGCUUGAUGAUAGAGAUGGAG